CAGUGUGUCCCAAUUUACCAACUCCUAAAUUUUAAUGGCGACCUCCAUGAAAAAAUAUGUUAGGACAAUUUUUGAGGUGUUUUAGGAUAAGUGUACUUGAGAAUUGUCCAAGUCCUUCUGCUAUAUGUCUGCCACAUAUGAAAGCUUGCAGUAUUGUUCCAUCUAGAUCAAUAGUAAAAAUUGCUGAUCAUGAGAAGGAAAUCUCCAAAGAAAAAGGGAACAUUACUGGAACCCUAAAGCUUCAGAAAGAUGUACACAUGAAAAAACUUACUGAUGAGGAUUUUACUAGAAUUAAAACCAACUUUCAACUCCAAAGCCUCUUUAUUUCACCCAGAAGACCUGAUCAAGUGAUUGUGAAGGGAUACGCUGUGAAUGAUGUGCAGAACUCUCUCUUGUAUUUAGAUGAAUAUUUAGCAGGUCAAAAGAGAGAGAGAAGCCUUGAGGUUAAUCAAACUUUGGAUUUAACCACUGAUGAGAGCUCAAAACAUUCAGUUGUAUUUCUAUUAGGGUUCAAGGCUAAGAUGAAAAAGUAUUUGACAAAAGAAUCUAAAUGUACGAUUCACCUGAAAAUAUCCCCUCCUUAUUCUUUAACUGCCACUGGUAAUCACUACCAUGUCAGUAAAACCAUUCAAAAAUUAGAAACAUUUAUUGAAAGGAUCCUGAAAGAACACAAUGUUUGUGAAAUGGUACCCUUUUCAGUGUUAGACAUUGGUGACUUAUAUCAAAGGUACCUUUGUGAAGAUCUCCUCCUAAACCAUCCCUUAUUCCAACCACAAAACCAACUAGCACAACUAGGGAAAGAUCUCAGCUUUUUCUUGAUACCAAAUUUUAGUCAACUACCAUGUGGUAUAAAAGUGUUUGCAAAAAGCAGUGAAGCAUUAUCCAGAGCUAAAGAAAUUGUGAAAAAUGUCUUACUUCUUCAAAAGAACAAGUUCUUUAAAAGGGUUGCUGUCAAGGAAGAUGAUGUAGCUUUCCUAAAGGCAUCCAAGACUUUUCCAGCCAAUUUAAGAAAAAAAACUCAGUGCACAUUUAUAAUGACUGGAAAAGGAACUGGCAUAGAAAAACAUAGUCCUCCUCAAGUAAUUCUACUUGGGCCAACAAUGGCUUCUGUCAAAAAUGCAGUUAUAGAUGUGAAAUCAUUCAUUGAUCAUAAAGAUAAAUUAUUUUUGCAUUCAGAAGCAAGAACAGUCAAAGUUCAUAAGUUUGCUUAUAACAAACAUAUUAUACAAAGUCUCUUGAGAUCAGAUGGAGAAGUACUGUAUGAGUUAGAAAAAGAAACAGGUUGUAAUAUUCAUUUGAAAGGGAUGAAAAGAGAAGGUGUGUUCAGUAUUGUGUUAACAGGUGAAAAUGAGGCACAAGUUUCGAAAGCUGGUGUGGUUGUGAAAAGGUUCUUUGAAGAUCAUAGCAAGUUGUUUAAAGUGAUGAAAGUAAUGAAACUCCCAUGUUCUGUUGAAGAUGACAAUUUUUUGUUUGAUUUCUUACUUGGCCGUGAUAAAGCAAGUCAUCGAAAGAAACUAGAGAGAGAUCAUAAUUGUAAAUUGGUGCUUGAUUUUGAAAAUCCUUUCUUGACAGUGUACUCCGAGACUCAGGGACAAUUGAAUGAAGCUGUAAUUCAGAUGGAAAAUGUCAUAAAGGAGGGAGUUGAGAACUUUGCUGCACUAAAAUUUAGAAGGAAAUUGUUUUUAGAAGAAGACUUGGGAGGGGAUUUCAUCAAGAAGAUUUGCUCAGGUGUUGGUAGUUUACAAGGUGCUUUAGAGAGAGAAACUCAGUGUACUCUUAUUAUCAGGGGACAGAAUGGGAGCGUAGGAUUUUCACAUACAAAUGCACCUUUUCACAUUUUGGUGUGUGCAAAAUCUCAAGCUAUUUUGGAAGAUGGAAUGAAGAAAGUCAAAGAAGUGAUUAAAAGAGAAAGUGACAUUUACAGAAUGGAAUUCUUCUUUCAUUACAAUUAUGACCCAAAACUUCAACUGUUAAAGAAAUGAAGCAAUGUUAUUAGGUCACGAGAAAUUCAUGCGACCUUUCACCAGUUUCGUUGUCUGUCACCUAUUGGUUAUAAUAAUUAUAUUUUUUAUUUAGUGUGAUGGAUUGACAUUUAUUUGAUAAAAUUAAAAUUAA